AUGCAGCUGGCACUGACAGGCUUGUUCAUGCUGCUCUACAUCCUGCUGUGUCUCCUGGGGAUCUUGUCAAAUGGCUUCAUUGUGCUGGUGCUGAGCAGGGAGUGGCUGCGAUAUGGCAGGCUGCUUCCCUUGGACAGGAUCCUCAUUAGCUUGGGUGUCUCCCGCUUUUUCCUGCAGUGGGUGGGAAUGGUGCACAACUUUUACUUCUUCCUCUGCCCGGACGAGUACUCCGUGGGUUUCAUCCGACAGUUUAUUUCUCUGCCCUGGGACUUCCUGAACUCAGCCUCCUUCUGGUUUGGCACCUGGCUCAGCGUCCUCUUCUGUAUGAAGAUCGCUAACUUCAAUCACCCGACCUUCCUCUGGCUGAAGUGGAGGCUCCCGGGGUUGGUGCCCUGGCUCCUGUUGAGCUCUGUCCUGAUCUCCUUCAUUGUAACUCUGCUCUUCCUUUGGGGGAACCAUAGUGUGUAUAAAGGAUUCUUCAUUAGAAAGUUUUUGGGGAACACAACUGAUACGCAAUCUAAAAAGAGGAUGGAAAUUCACUAUUUUCUGCCCCUGAAACUUGUCAUGUCGUCAAUUCCUUGCUUUGUUUUUCUGGUCUCAACUGCACUCUUGAUUAGUUCUCUUAGGAGACACACCCGGAGAAUGCAGCACAGUGCCAGCAGCCUGCAGGACCCCAGCACCCAGGCUCACACCAGAGCUCUCAUGUCCCUCAUCUCCUUCCUCGUUCUUUAUGUUCUGUCUUUCCUGUCCAUGAUCAUUGAGGCCGCAGCCUUUGUCCCCAUACAGAAAGAGUGGUACUGGCUAUGGCAAAUUUCAAUCUACCUGUGCACAUCUGUCCAUCCCUUUGUCCUCAUCAUCAGCAACGUCAAGCUCCGAGUCAUGUUCAAGCAGCUACUUCUGGUGGCCCGAGGCUUCUGGAUGGCUUUGGUGGCCCAGCAGAGACUCGGGUGA